CGCAAAGGUGCUCUUCCCCGACCAUCCAAACGCACAAUCUCAUCAGUACUAAGCUCCACCUUCUUAAGCUUGGAGUUGCUAGGACUGUCUGUGCUGCACUAAGACAAAGAUGGCAACGACCUUCUCUUCAAAGGCUGUUGCAUUUGCAGCGAUCUUCUCCUUCCUAGUCACGUAUGGCUCCUGCGCCCGGCCUGUAAGUUUUAACGCCUCCGACUUCACCGCCGACCCUAACUGGGAGGCCGCCAGGGCCACCUGGUAUGGGGCACCUACUGGCGCCGGUCCUGACGACGACGGUGGUGCCUGUGGGUUCAAGAACGUGAACCUGCCUCCGUUCUCCGCGAUGACGUCGUGUGGCAACGAGCCACUGUUCAAGGACGGCAAGGGCUGCGGCUCAUGCUACCAGAUCCGAUGCCAAAACCACGCUGCAUGCUCCGGCAACCCGGAGACGGUGAUCAUCACCGACAUGAACUACUAUCCGGUCGCUAAGUACCACUUCGACCUCAGCGGCACGGCGUUCGGCGCCAUGGCUAAACCUGGCCGCAGCGAUGAGCUCCGCCACGCCGGCAUCAUCGACAUCCAGUUCAAGAGAGUGCCCUGCAAUUACCCUGGGCAGAAGGUGACAUUCCACGUCGAGGAGGGGUCCAACUCCGUCUACCUCGCGGUGCUCGUCGAGUUUGAAGAUGGCGACGGCGACGUGGUGCAGGUGGACCUCAUGGAGGCCAACUCCGGCUACUGGACGCCGAUGCGCGAGUCCUGGGGAUCCAUCUGGAGGCUCGACUCCAACCACAGGCUGCAGGCGCCCUUCUCGCUGCGCAUCACAAACGAGUCCGGCAGGACGCUGGUGGCCAAUCAGGUCAUCCCGGCCAACUGGGUGCCCAACACCUACUACCGCUCCAUUAUCCAGUAUUGAUUUAUUGCUUAGGACAUCAAUUAUUCGGGGUCAUUGUUUUUUGAUUAAUUUGGUAUGUACCGUAUCUAUGUGGAAAUACAUUAUUGGAUUGAUGAGGUGUCUCAGUUUAACUAGUAGGUGAGAUAUCAGGAAUCCGGCUAUAUAUGCCGUCUGUACGAUUUGUUAGAGUGCGAGAUUCACGAGUGGGAAACAGAGGAGGCAAGUUUGCAUGUGCUUUCCCGCCCACUGCCGAUGUACCGUGUUAUGUGAUCAAUCAAAGUUAUAAAGUACGAACACUUGUGUACCA